AUGUUACGAUCCUCUCGACUUGCUGCCAUGACUCUGGACUUGAGCCAAGACACCACGGCUCAGUCAACUAUGCCGCUGGCGCAAACCUCGAUUGGGCAAAACGCAGCUUGGAGCGAACUCGCUUUCUAUGCUACUAGCAGAAAACGUGCUCCCCAACGUGGUCUCCGGAACAAGAAGCAGGUCCAUUGGAAAGCCAAGGAAAGCUUCUUCACAUCGUGGCGAAGUUCUGAGGGUCCAUCGGAGCUCGUGCCGUCGUCGUUCUUGGCGUUUGCGUAG